AACAUCAAUUAAACUAAACACAAAUUCUUCUUCUUCUAGAGAGAGAAAGAAAAUAAUUUUAAAAAGAAAAAAAGUCAGAGAUAGAAAGAACUGCUUUUAUUGUUCUUGCUUGCUAUGUUUCUUUAAUGGAUUAACCUUUUUCUAAUUAAUUUUCUUUUGAGUUUUUAAAGUUUUUUUAGCUCUACUAAAUGAUUUUAAUCUUUAAAACACAUUUGUAUAAGUAAUUCUUUAUGAUAGAUAAAGAUUUUUAAAAUUUCUUGAUUCUUGAAAAAAAAAAUGGAAGCACCGGCGCCAGCAGCAGAGGAGUUACUAAAAAAGAUCCAAGAAUUAGAAGCAGGACAAGCUCAUCUUAAGCAAGAGAUGACUAAACUUAAGCUAAACUCCGAUCCACUCUCCGACCACCACCUCCACCACCGUCAGCAUCAUCAGCAGCAACAGCCGCCGCACCAGCGGUCUCAUUCCAUUUCUCCGCAAAGAACGGCGCCGAGGAGGAGCGGAGGUGGUGGCGGUAGCGGUUUUGAGGCGGUUGCUGCUUGGAAGAAAGGCUCGACGUCGUUUCGACAUUCGUCGCCGUUACAGCGUGAGAGUCGGAGUUCUAAUUUUGCUACGGCUAGUGGUAGUGCUAAUGCUAUUGCUGGAGAUAAGAGUAGUAACGGUGCACCGUCAGCUUUUAAUUUUACUGGUAAACAGUAUCUGAAUAUUUUGCAGUCUAUGGGACAGUCUGUUCAUAUUCUUGAUCUUGCUGGCCGUGUUAUUUAUUGGAACAGAACAGCUGAGAAUCUCUAUGGCUAUUCUGCUUCGGAGGCUCUCGGUCAGGAUGGUGUUGAGUUACUUGUGGAUUCUCAGGAUUUUCCGGUGGCUAAUAGUAUUGUUCACCGUGUUACUAUGGGAGAGAGAUGGACAGGGCAGUUUCCGGUUAAGAAUAAGAUGGGAGCGAGGUUCACGAUUAUUGCAACCAAUACUCCUUUCUAUGAUGAUGAUGGCGCUUUGAUUGGGAUUAUAUGUGUAUCAGGCGAUGUACGGUCGUUUCAAGAAACAAGGGUUCCGUUGGCAGUUCCGCAGUAUUCAGAAGGAGAUUCGAGUUUUAGUUGGCCGAGGAAUAUUGUUACGACAAAACUUGGUCUUGAUUCUCAACAGCCUUUACAAACUGCAAUUGCUUCUAAGAUUACAAAUUUGGCAUCUAAAGUGAGCAACAAAGUGAAGUCGAAAAUGCGGACUGGAGAUAAUGCCUUGGAUCGUGAAGGUGGGAGUGGUGAUAGUCAUCAAUCUGAUCAUGGCUUCUCGGAUGCAGUUCUCGCUGAUCAUAGGGAAGAUGCAAAUUCUAGUGGAGCUAGCACACCUAGAGGAGAUGUAAAUCCGUCAUACUUUGGUACUUUUUCUCAUGUUGAAGAAAAGUCCCCAAUGAAAGCAUUUAGAGAUUCUGGUUAUGAAAGUGAUGGAAAACCUGCAAUUCACAAGAUUAUCUCCUCAAAAGCCGAGGCUUGGAUUGGUAAGAAAGGGCUGUCAUGGCCCUGGAAAGGGAAUGAAAAGGAAGGGCCAGACACAAAGACCACCCGUUUUGUGUGGCCUUGGUCGCAAAAUGAUCAAGAGAGUGAGAUGCUUAAUCACAGGAGUCCCCCUUCUGGUGCAAAACCCGAAAACCAUGUCAAUGAGAAUAAUCGGCCUACAGUUAAUGAGGCCUCCGGAUCCUGGUCUUCCGUUAAUGUUAACAGCACAAGCAGUGCCAGCAGUUGCGGAAGUACAAGCAGUAGCGCUAUUAAUAAGGUGGACACAGACACUGACUGCUUGGAUUAUGAAAUAUUGUGGGAAGACUUGACAAUUGGAGAACAAAUUGGGCAAGGUUCUUGUGGGACUGUAUAUCAUGCCCUGUGGUAUGGAUCAGAUGUUGCAGUCAAGGUAUUCUCCAAACAAGAGUAUUCAGAUGAUGUGAUACUUGCAUUUAGACAAGAGGUAUCACUUAUGAAAAGACUUCGACAUCCCAAUGUACUACUAUUCAUGGGUGCUGUCACUUCUCCUCAGCGUCUCUGCAUUAUUACGGAGUUCCUCCCUCGUGGAAGUUUAUUUCGCUUACUUCAGAGAAACACAACAAAACUGGACUGGAGACGGCGUGUCCAUAUGGCACUGGAUAUAGCACGAGGUAUGAAUUAUCUUCACCAUUUCAAUCCACCUAUCAUUCAUCGGGAUCUAAAGUCUUCAAAUCUCUUGGUUGAUAAAAAUUGGACUGUGAAGGUUGGUGAUUUCGGUUUAUCACGUCUGAAGCAUGAAACUUACCUGACAACUAAGACUGGGAAGGGAACGCCUCAAUGGAUGGCACCAGAAGUUUUGCGUAAUGAACCAUCAGAUGAAAAGUCUGAUGUAUACAGCUUUGGAGUUAUACUAUGGGAGCUUGCCACUGAGAAGAUCCCUUGGGAUAAUCUCAACUCAAUGCAGGUGAUUGGAGCUGUAGGGUUCAUGAAUCAACGCUUGGAGAUCCCCAAGAACGUGGAUCCACAAUGGGCUUCUUUAAUUGAGAGUUGCUGCCACAGUGAUCCUCAUUGCCGGCCAACGUUCCAGGAGCUUCUUGAGAAGCUGAGGGAUCUUCAAAGACAAUACGCAAUUCAAUUACAGGCUGCUCGUUCGGCAGGUGGAGAUAACACGCAAAAGGAAUUAUAAAUCAAACAUUCUUCUGCUUUUCUGGAUAUAAUCACAGAAAACCAACAAAAAGGGAAAAAAAGUUUUUCUUUUUUUAUUUUUGCAAUUAGUUUUCUGGCAAUUGCUAGUAAAAAGAAUUGCCCACAUAUUUGCCACUAAGAGAUUGUGGUAGUGGCGUAGAAAAGCUGAGGAAGCAGACAAAAGGAGAUGAAAAUGAUGUGUAGUAGUUGGAAUCCAUGUGAGCUGCCAAAGUUUGAUGGUGAUUGGGUUUUUAGUGUUUGUUUUAUUUAGUGGCAUCAUUAAAAUCUUCGAAAUCUAUCGGCGAUGGUGAUUAUGCUUAUGCUUAUGCUUAUGCUUAUGCAUGCAUUCUUGUUGGAUUCGUGCAACUGGUUAGUGAUUUUUGUGUGACAAAUGUUUAGGAGGACCACUUAGAAAAGUUGUACAUAAAACGCAAUUUUUAAUUGAUACGUAUAAUUAUAUUGAGAUAAAAGACCUUGCUUUUAUUUUA